CAUCAGAGGGCAGCACAGGCGCCAUGGCCGUCUGUUAACACUUCGGCCGGGAAUCUCCGUGGGGCUCGAGCUCAAUUUUCCCGAUUAACCGUGGCCGCGACCGAGAACUAAAGGGACGAUGGGUGCCACCCAGAGCACCAGGAAGAUCACCCUCGUCAAUGAUGACAAGGCGGGCGUCAUCAAGUUGUCUGAGUCUCUGGCAUACUGCUUGCGUGGCCAGAUUGAAGGUCAGCAGGCUGUGCCAGAAGUUCCAGAGCCGGCAGUAGCUGCAGAACCAGCCCCUCCCCAGAUUCUCCCUGUUCCUGUCCCUCCCCCAGCCCUGGCCCCUAGUCCCCCACCUAUCCUCACUGCCCCUCAAGUCCCUGAACCUCCCAAAAUCAGUGACUAUAUCCCUGAACCUGAGCCCCAAGUGACCGAACCUCUGCCAACGGCCCCAGCUGCAGCACCACAAGAGGAAGUUGAGGUGCAGCCUCCAGCACUCAUUGUGCCAUUACCACCACCAGCACCCCAGGGAGAAGAGGUCGUGGCCAGCGAACCCACUGCAGCCCCUGAUAUUGGCAUUGCUGUGAAGUCUGGAGCUGCCCCAACGCUGAGCCAGCCAGCAGGCAGCAUACCACCAUGGUCUAUUUAUGCUGAGGAGGCUCAUCUUAUGGUGAUGCGCCUUAGGGAGGAGAAGGAACAGGAGAUGAAGAAACUCAACAUGGACUGGCACAAGAAGAUGGAGACACGUGAGGAGGAGUUUACGAAAAUAGCACGACUCUCAGAAGAACAAGUUACAACUGCCCUCAAGGAAGUGGAAAAUCUCUUCAUGAAGGCAACCUGCACACCAGUCUGCCAGAACCACCAGGAAGCCGUCAUGACUUGCUACAAUGAUCAUCCCCAGCAGUCACUGCGAUGUGCUCGAGAAGUGGAGCAAUUCACCCAGUGUGUUGACUUAUCACGCCUUCAAUCUGUUCUGAGGCAGAAAGCAAACUAAUUGUAUAUGGAAAAUAUGUAUGAAGCUCUAGUGUAAUUAUUUUCUCAAUGGAUAUGUAAUGUUAAUGCUUUUCUAGCAUCGUUGAUAAUUGUACAGUUAUAAGGAGGUGUAAAUGUUUUCAGAGGAUUUAAGGGAAAUUCUCUAUGUACAUUACUCAAAAGAUUUUAUUACAUAAAGUAUGUACAAAAUA